AAUGUUCAGAAUAACACCUAAAAAAGUCAAGCAUUGUGGGUACGUCAGUCGGCACCCUAGUAAUCUGACGACGGGACGUAAGGAAGUGAUGCUGUUUAUUUCAAACACACGUGUCUGAAGUAGCCUAGGUCCGAAUUUAAUAUAUCUACUGUUUAGAAUGAGAAAUGAAGACGGGAAGAAGAACGAUGAUUACGUGGAUAGUUUACUCCAUGCAUUCCACGUUCAAUUUUUUGCUAUGAAUCGCCAAAGUGUCAUGCCGUGGGAAAGCCUUGAAGAAAUUCUACAAACAUCAGAUACAUCUGUUAUACAAGACAUAUUACAGAAGACAGUGCUUCACCCAUUGUGUAAGAAGUACCCUCCUUCAGUGAAGUAUCGAAAGAUUUUCCUAACUGAAUUAAUAAAGAAGCAUGAGGCAACAGCUGCUGAACCUGAUGAUAUGCUGUAUGAAGCCUUGGCUGCAGUACUUUGUACUGAGGAGUCAACACUGUGUUACACGAGUUACCUUCUGCCAACAGGAGAAUCUGUUACUCUGUGUGAGAGUAUAGCAGCAAUUUCUGAGGGAACCACAGGGUUGGUGACCUGGGAAGCAGCGUUAUGCACAGCUGAAUGGUCCAUAGAGAACCCACACCUUUUCAGUGACAGAACCGUCUUGGAGUUGGGCAGUGGAGCUGGUCUCACUGGAAUUGUGCUGUGUAAAACCUGCCAUCCUAGGAAAUAUAUAUUUACUGAUUGCCAUCCAUCUGUUCUCCAAGGACUCAGAAAGAACAUUCUUAUCAAUGGAUUCCUCCUAGAUUCAACAUCAUGGGACCAGACCACUGUGGAUUUCCCAAACACUUCUUGUGCGUGGUCUAAAGAACUAUCAGUGUCUGUUCGAAGACUUGACUGGGCCACAGCUACCGAGGAGAAGUUGUCACAACUCCAAGCUGAUGUUGUAAUUGCAACAGAUGUCGUAUAUGAUCCAGAAAUAAUCCCAUAUUUAAUUAAUGUAUUCUAUAUGCUGCUAACAUCCAGGAGUGAUAAAACUCAACCUGUUAUCUAUGUAGCCUCCACAGUUAGAAACCCAGACACUUACCAGCUUUUCAAAGAUAAACUAGAUAAUUCUGGCAUUGGACAGGAGAUACUUCCUCGUCCUGAAAAGGUGCUGUUUCCAUAUGAUUGGGCAUCAGACAUUGAAAUUCUCAAAUUAGAACUGGAAAAGAAAUCUGACAGUUAUGUAAAUGCCACUAUUUGAAGUGUUUAUUUCUGUUUUUAAGCAGUUACUGGAAGCCUUAACUAAACAUGAUGGUAACAUACCAAAGAGGGAAGUAUUAUAUGGAUGUGUUAAACAUGACCUAAGAGGAAGGAUCAUCAAAAGCAACUGAACAGUGAGACCUAGAGGUAAGAAAGUAUAAAGAAAUGGUGGAGAAACCAAAAGACUUACUGAUCUUAAAUCGGGAAAUAAUUGAUAUGGAAAAAGAACUAAUGGCCCAAACCAAGGAGUAAAUACAUGUUCACUUGAAUGCCCCCAUCAGAGAAAUACCUUGCACAGUGAUCGAGACUGCAAAAAGUUAAAAGAGGUGUUAAGUAAGAGAUUGACAAACUAAUGUAAUAAUGAGAAACACUGAUGAAAUUAAGAAUGCCUUUAGGGAAUGUUUUGCAAGGAUUUAUAGCCAAGAUGCAAACCAAGUAGCAGGUUGUUACCCAAAUUAAAUGAUAUUUUAAGUGGACAGCACUCCUGGUCUUGAAUGAAACUGUGCAGUUACCCAGACAAUGGAGGAAAUGUAGAAGCAGUAAAGUAGAGAACUGGGGGUCUUAUGGAAACUGUGAACUCCCCAUGGAGUUCUAUAAACCAGGCGUGCAAAGUUGAUGGAGAUUUGGGUUACCAUAUUUAUAAUAUUUUAAAAGAGUGGAUUCUAGCCUCCUGGAAGGUAGGAAUAGUAUCAGUUAUCCUUAAAGAGGGGAAAGACCCUUGUAAUCCAGAAUCAUCUAGGCCCAUCACAGCCUUAAAUCAUGAUUACAGUUUUUUGGGAAGUUUUAGUAGCAAGACUAGCAAAAUUACUACUAAAUCAAAUACUUUUGAAUUGGUAUAGAUUUAUCACAGGCAGACAAACCUCUGAUAAUAUUAUAUAAACAGUAGUGAUGCUAUGGAGGCAAAAACAAAAGAAAAAUCCUUUGCUUAUUUUAAGUUUAGACACAAAAGACAUUUGAUAGGGUUUCAUGAGUCACCCCAUGAGAAGUGUUAAGUGCAAUUGCCCCAAGAGGUGCAACCUUAUAAUGCAGUUAUACAAGUGCUGUGUUGCAAGGAUGUGGGCUGGCUGGUAAUACUCAAGGACUCCAAAUGCCUCCUUUACUUUCUGCCACAUACUUAGAAGCUCUGGGUUACUCUAAUAAAAUUAUUGUGUGUACAGGAAUAUACUUGGGCAAAAGAGCAAAAACAUAAGCCUCUUUGCUAAUGAUGUUUUACUGCAGUUGAUUUCUGUAGAAACUGACCUGCCGGGCCUUUCCAAAUUAUAGAUGAAUUUUAAAAAUAUGGGGAGUGUAAGGCAAAUGGAACUGAAGACAAUGUCAUUCCAGUAAAUUGCAUCUUAACACAUACCCUUGUUUAGUUUUUUUUUAACAUGUCUUUAAAGUCAUACCAGGAUAAAAUAUCUAGGAGUAUGACUUUUCCAUUCAGAAUCUCAGUUAAGUUCAUAUGGGAAGACUCUGUGUCAAAAAUUUUUGAAAAUAAAUAGGGAAGUGGAAAACAUUGGUACAUGGAUCUAAAUCACAAAAGACAAGCAAAUAAAAUGUUUCUAGUUCCAUUAGUAAUCUUCACAUGUUAUGCUUCUGUGCCACCUCAUGAAUAUAGUUUAAAACUGAUAAAGAAAAGAAUCCUAACAUUUCUUUGAGACAAUAAACAUGCCAGGAUGUUUUAGAAAAAGAUAAGGAUGCCAACACAAUUAGGAGGAUUGGGAAUUCCAGAUUUACAAAACUUAUCACAACACAACCCAAUUAAAAUGGUUAGACUAAAUCCAUUGUGAGAAAAACAAUUAAAGAUGGAAAUAAGUUGUGCUUAACCAGAAGGAGUCCUGUACACACACAAACUGACAUUUUGGACUUAUUUGAAAUGGGAAGACAAUAAUGAAACUUUCCUAGGUAAGGUAGGAAAAGUAGCCAGUGGAAUUAUAACAAGAAAAGAAGUCAGAAAUUGGCACCAGGAAAAUCUUGUCUAUAGGAAAGGAUUUUUGAGACUAAAUGGAAUAACAGUGCAAAAAUGUGCUAUAUAAAAAAAAAUACGUUGAGGUUCUGGGAGCAGUUAAAACCGGUGGGUGGCAACCUUCCUUGGGAGUAGGCAAAAAGGUGGUAUAACUUUCAGGAAGGACACAAGAUAAGAUUCCUUGGACUGCAGACAAGACUCUCACAAAUAAUUAAUUUAGAUUUUUUUUUAGUUUCCCUUUAGGAUAUCACCCAGCUGACAUGGCCCACAGUGCCCCAUUUGCAUGCUGGAUCUUACCAACUCAUCUCCUUACCCCCUCCCAGGACUUACUCCAGUAUUGCUGGGGCUGGUCAUGGGUCCUAAGGGUGUCUUGGGGGCUCAACCAUCUAUGCUUCCAUGCUAGGUGGGGUCAUUGUAUGUCCCAUCCACUCCCUGCACCAUCUCCCUUGCAUGUUGAUUAUGUCAGAGGACAACUUUCCCUCUUUAGACCAUGUCUCCCCUAAAGAAGGGUCAUAGAUGAGCAUCCUUCUACCUGGGACUGGCACAUCCAUAUCUUUCUGCUGCCCUGUAUGUCACCCUAGCUUCUAAUUACACUAGGCUGUAGUCAGAGCUUUAUCCCUCUACACCACUGGAGUGGCCAAGACUCUCACAAAUUAUUAGUAACAGGAUUCCAGUUAGUCAGCCCCUUCAGUUUGUAGAAUUUAUGAUUUAACCUAGGUGUUAUAGAAUAAAAUUGAAAGGUAUGCUAAGCAGGGGAUAUAAAGAAUACUGGGAAUGAAGAUAUAGAUACGGUUAGGCAAAAAUAAGAAAACAAGCUUGAUAAAAGUUUAACCUGGGAAGUAUGGGAGGAGGUUUGUGCUGGCCCAGGUAUGCAACCAAAUCUAGAAAAUUUAUAAUUUUUGUUUGGAAAUUUUUACAGUGGUAUCUAAACCCCAAAUAAAUUGAGAAAAAUGUUA